AUGCUGGAUUGUGCUUUUCCUUAUCUAGUGGCAAUUGUAGCCGCUAAUGACUACAUCUGCGUAGGAUCCAUAGUGGCACCUAGAUGGAUCCUAACUGCAGCUCACUGUGUGGACAACUUCAGAAAUACACCAAUUUAUGUUAGAGCGGGAUCACCGUACCGCAAUCGAGGUGGAACGAGAAUCCGUGUUUUAACAGUUCACAUUCAUCCAAAUUACAGUGCCCAAGUUCAAAAUUUCGAUGUAGGAUUGUUAAUGCUGGAACGAAAUAUAAAAUUGGACAAAUGCAGCCAAUGCAUUUCUAUGGCUGCAAAUGGAUUUAUGCCAUCGAUCGGAUCAAUGGGGCUCAUCAGCGGUUGGGGUCGUACGGAUCCAUACAGCGAUAAGUAUCAGGAAAAAGUGCAGAAGACUUACAUACCAAUCAUCAGCAAAAUGGAAUGUAAACAUUACUACAGUAGGUAUGUAAUAUCAAGAAAUGUGUUCUGUGCACAAUACAGAAAAGGUGGCUAUGAUGCUUGUCACGGAGAUUCUGGAGCACCAUUCAUACUGGACCGAAAAGUGGUGGGAAUCGUUUCAUGGGGCGUGGGAUGCGGCCAGGGAGGCCAACCAGGAGUGUACGCUAGUGUCGGAUCAAUGCGGCCAUGGAUUGAUUUCGUGAUUAGACAGGAAUCACAUACACCAUCCGAUCUAGAAUGUAGCUAGUGAUCGUGUUUUAUAUUUUAAGAUCUAAGGUCUAUUCUAACAUUUUCGGUCCGAUUUAGUGCCGGCUCAGUCCCCUGCACGGACGCAAUAAUGUUGUAUUCAUUACACUCAUGAACCAAUUACUGUUGUCUAGCUGUCAUCGGUAUAUUCAACAAGGUUUAAAAACGAAUUAUGAUGACAUUGCAUAUCAAAAGGCAUAAAACUCUUAUGCUAGAAAAGAAAAACAAACCAGUAUGUCAGAGAUUCACAAAACUUAUAAAUCGAUACUUGUGUUUGAUACCCAACCCUACAACAAGAAAAUCGACUGCUAUGUUCUGAAAUCCAAUGGUGAAUGCGUUUUAACGAUUCCAAUUUCUUCAUACGUGAACACUAGGGUGGGACAAGGUUGUAUGGGAAAAAAUAUUUUCUCGCUCCACCAAACUUUUCGUGUUCCUUUUGGGUCCCAUAGAAAUUAUGCAAAAUUUUAGCUCGAUAGGAGAAACUAUAUUUUCGCGCCCGCGUUUCAAAGUUUGUAUGGGAUUUAGUAUGGGAAAACUAACUUUUGAUAAAAAAAAUCAUCUGGGGGUCACCCUAUAUACUCAAAAAAUCAGCGGGCAUGUAAUUUUUGUAGGAAAUGUUUUUUUUCAUAGUAUUAAAUGAAAUCAUCCAUAUCUUCUAAACCAUAUGAGGCAGAUAGUUUAUGUCUUCGACAAAGUUAUAGUAUUUGAGUUUAUCAACAAUAUUGUGGAAGAUUUCAAAGUUGUAUUUCUUCAAAUAAAAAAGUUAGAUUUUUGUGUAUCUUUACAGUGAGUUUUGGAACAUGGUUUUUAAGUUUAAAAAAAUCUUCAAACUACACCGAGCAACUAUUGUGAAGACAUCAAACAACUCAGAUCAAUCGUUGUAGCAUAAUAAAAGAAAGCAAACUCAUAUUACCACCACUAACAGCAGUGGUGCUAGAUACAUUAAGGAAUGAGCCAUCGUUCGGACCUUGUGUCGGUUGUUCUUUAAUAACAUUUUUUACAGAUGUCGGAUUAUGUUACAGUCUUCGAAGGUUUUCUUCCUCAUUAAAUUUCCUACAAAAAUUACAUGCCCGCUGAUUUUUUGAGUAUAUAGGGUGACCCCCAGAUGAUUUUUUUGUUAAAAGUUAGUUUUCCCAUACUAAAUCCCAUACAAACUUUGAACCGCGGGCGCGAAAAUAUAGUUCCUCCUAUCGAGCUAAAACUUUGCAUGGUGCUUAUGGGACCCAAAAGGAACACGAAAAGUUUAGUGGAGCUGAAAUCAAUAUUUUGUCCCACCCUAGCGAACACCCUAACGAAUGCUUUUAAAAUACUGACAACGAAAGAAAAUCAACAAAAGUCUGAGAAAUCAUGUUUUUAAAUUAUUCUAUGUUUAAAAAGAAAGGAUUUAUAGGGAUUUUGAAUUAUUAAGUUUAUAAAGCAUUUCUAAGACGCUCAACCAAUAAAACUCUUAAAAUAGUGAUUUGUUAUGUUUCUCUUUGGCUUUGUUAAAAAUGUAUUUUUUAUUACUACUCCACGAGAAUCGACAAAAACAUAAAUGAAUGAAACUGAAAACUCUGAAAAUGAGUUGGAAAGUUCCUUCCGAACGUUAUUGUUGAGGACAUGGCGAUAAGUUUAUUCAACCACAAAUGGCGAACAGUACGGGGAUGUUUUUUAUUUGUUUCAAUUAUACAGAUUUUAACCUUCAGGUCUGACUUGCUGCUUCUAUGUUCGGGGUUGGGAAUCGAAUCCAGGUGGGCUGUGUUAAAGGUACAGACUUAUCCAUCACGCUAUACGCAUACCCGUACCCCUAGUACAGCGAGGUAAUUUCCAGCGAGGAGGAAUCAUCACAUACGAGAAUCAACUGGUCACAUGUCAGUUCUAUUAAAAACGAACCCACUUUAGGAGACCUUGCGAGAAAUUAAACAAAAGCACAUCAGAGCCUCGCUGAGAAGAGAUUGCCAAUUCAACUGAUAACGAAGUCGCUGAUAAAAUCAUAACAAUGACGAAUCAAUGGACGAAUUCGUGACGAGCGAAUCCCACACGGGCAGAAUUUCGAUUCUGCAAAUAAGCAAAAUGAGUCAUGAUUUCAGAAAAAGCGUGUAUUUUCAUGUUAUGAUUAUAGACCAUGAUCAAAAGUUCUCGGGUCAUAAGCUAUUUUGUUUUUCUUGACUGAAACUGAACGUAACGCAUAUUACAUUGGUGAAUAUAACUUCAUGGGUAUUGAUGUUAUCACGGUCUUGUUUGCAGUAUAAACUUAGUUGUCAUUUCUAAAAAUAAGACUAAAUCUCAUUUCAAAUGAACGGCUGAAUGCAAAAACCGCAUGAGUGCAUCUAAGUUUGAAAAGCUCCUUUAAGGGGUUACACCACUGUAGAAAAAAAGAGAAGGACUUUUUUGGGGAAUUAUUUUGGGAUCCAAAAAAUGGAGUAAUCCGAAUUUUGUAUAAGCACUUUUUAAUAUGUAUAUUUAGGUACUAAAAAUGAUCAGUUUUAAAAAUUGAAAAACUAAAUGGAACCUCUAGAACAAAACCUGUUUUAAUCCACCUAGUGGUGUAAUGAUGCCUUUCUCAUGUACAUAUAAUAUUGAGGUAUUCUAUUUAUGCAUAACAUACAGAAUAAAUGCAUAACAUACAGAAUAAAACAGUGCUUUGAUUGCGUAAGUCAUCAUUAAGAGAACGAAAUGGGUUCACUAUUAUAUGCACUUCCGGACCGGAACCCGAGAACCAAACUCUUCUAG